GAAACGCAUGCGCCGCCCUGCUUCUCUAGUCAAACCGAGGUGGGCUGUCCUGAGUUUGCGGUGCAUGUUGGGAUACUGGGGGUUUUGCUGCUUUUUCCUCUCUGGGGGGUCUGGACUGAGGUUCAGCUGCAGAUAUGGAUGUCUUUCUAAUGAUCCGACGUCACAAGACAACCAUCUUCACAGACGCCAAGGAGUCCAGUACAGUGUAUGAGCUGAAAAGAAUUGUUGAGGGGAUUCUUAAGAGACCCCCAGAAGAACAAAGACUAUACAAGGACGACCAGCUGCUGGAUGACAGCAAAACACUCGGAGACUGUGGCUUCACCAGCCAGACAGCGCGACCUCAGGCCCCAGCAACAGUUGGCUUGGCCUUCAGAGCCAGUGAAGAUGCCUUUGAGACCCUCCGCAUUGAUCCCUUCUCCAGCCCCCCAGAGCUCCCAGACGUGAUGAAGCCUCAGGACUCCAGCAGCAGCGCUAAUGAGCAAGCGGUGCAGUGAGAGCCAGUGGGUGGCGGAGAGAGCUGUGGAGAGACCUUCCUCACCACCCACCCCAUUCCUCAAUCCUCUGACAUGGAGAGAGACAUGGCACUGCCCUUUCCCUCUAAUCCAGGCUCCCCUUUUACUCCGCCCCUCUCUAAAUAAGGCCACACCUUCUUCCAAGCCCCUCCCCACUCAUCAAACAGAGCAAUGUUUUCAUUUUUGGUUUUGGAAACAAUAAAAGUUCAGCUGUUCCCUCCCCCCUUCCUUGGCUUGUGUUGUGGGCCUCUCUGAUGAAACACAAAUGAGCUUUUGGGGGAUGGGGUUGUGUUGUGACAACUAGUAAAAGAUUGUGCUACAAUGAA